UUUGAGGGCAUUCAGCUGUUUUGGAUGACUUUCUCCUUCAAGGCUCAUGCACGUUUCGUCGCCAAGUUAUACAGAUAGCUAUAUAACUGCUGCUUGAGUCUGCGAUAAUUUCUUUGGCACCGAUCAGCUAUCUUUUAUCAUCUGUUGAUAUUGGAAUAACAAAGUACAGAGAUAUUUAAGUGUGUACAUGCGCUCGCAUGGUUUAUGGGUGAUUUGCUAUAUUGCAUGGCAAGUUAAGUGCAACUUGCACUUGGGAAACAGUCGCCGAACUUAUGCAACGAAUUGGCCGAGUGGCAGCCAGGAAUAUAUAGGAAGACAAAGCUCUGAUUCCUGGCAAAAGAGCACAACGUCAGCAAUGGCAACGGCCAGAAAUGUGAACCAUUCUAUCGUUGCUUCAAACAGCACGUUUUCGUGCGCAUUUGACGCUCCGAACGUCUUGUUAAUUACGAUCGGAUCCGCAGCAGCUUUGAUGAACGGACUGCUGUUGUUAGUUUUAUACAACGAACGAAAAAAGUUCUUUCGUACAAGAGUCUCGUAUCUCGUGGCAAAUCUGGCCGUCGCCGAUUGCUUCACGGGCCUGAUGCUAGUCGCUGUAAUGGUAUGCAACCUGGCUCAAAAGCCACGGGCAUUACGAGGUUACGAGUUUUUGUUUCUUUGCGCGAGCAUCCAAGUGUCAUUCUUCACUCUGAUCUUGAUGUCCCUGGAUCGUCUCAUCGUCGCCGUUAUGCCGAUGACCUGGUCGCGUUUUCUCACGACACGAAACACGAUCAUCGGCAUUGUGCUCGCGUGGACGCUGGGAAUCUUUGAAAGCGUUAUGAACAAGUACGAAAUCACAGAUCGACGUUUUGUUUUGUUUCUCAUUCUAGAGAUCGCGGCUGUGAUGUUCAUCCUUAUUCACGUCGUGAUAUUUCUAGUCCUACGUCGACAGCGAAGGAAUUUUUCACAGUCGGGAAGUUCCGCUGAGCUCUCGACCAUCAUGGACCUCUCGCUGCAAGCGUGUCAUGCGCAAAUCACCUCGGUAGUGCUAACGCUAAUGAUGGUGUUGGUUAUAACGUACACGCCUUAUAUUGUGUACUCGAAUAUCUUGUUAGCACGAGAUGGGACGAGCAUGCGCAUUAGGAUAUACGAAACGGGGUUUCGUUACACCCAGGCUUUCUCCUAUCUCAAUUACGCUGCAAAUCCAAUCGUGUACGCCUGGAGACUAAGGGUGUACAGGAAAGCACUUUGUUCGCUCAUAUUAAAGAUGACUAUCUAAAGAUCUGACAACUUCAACUGUUUUAACAGCUUUCUUUUUUAUCGAAGGAGCCUAAAGACCCGCAAGCUUUUGGUCUUCAUUUGCUCACAUGAGCCUCUGCAGAAGAAACGCUGAAUCUGUACAUGGUAUUGCAUUCCGUUGCAAGCCUUUUGUGACACUUUCCCAAAUGAAAGUGUUUUGUCUUUUUCCAAUGGCGUAGCCAGGCUUACGAUUUAGCCCCGCUAUACAAAUUUUGAGUUAUUUUAUAAGGAUUUAAUUCAUUGUUUUUAAGUCAACGAGCACCAAAAUAUUAGCAUAGUAU